AUGAGUCUACCAACUCCCACAGCGGAGCCUGGGCCUACGACUCCCUCCAAAAAAUGGCGAGACUGGUUCCGACGGCCUACACCGCGUGAACAGCCUACCGAACGCAUCCCGCUGUCCGACAUCACGUCCUCGUCUCGCUCGCCUGCUCAGGAGGGUCAAGCAGAUACCAAAACAGCAGCGAAAAACUCUCGUCUCAAAUUUGCCACGACCGCCGCCCGCUUGCAUCCGGACGACCUCCCGGACGACUACGAGCCUACGGAAGUCUACCGCGGCUUGGACGAGUACGUCCAUGCACGUCGCGUAGCACGAAGGCGUGCACGGCGCAUGCGCACAAGACAUAGAGACGAUGCAGAGGACUCGGACUCAGAUUCAGGCUCCAGCUCCAGCUCUGCCAGCUCCGACUCCAGCGGCCCCAUUGCGCGCUUGCGUGCCUUCUUUGGGGACAGUUCUGACAGUUCCAGUUCCAGCUCCAGCUCGAGUGAAGACGAGAGUAGUGACAGUGAUGCGUCGACGGAUAAUAUGUCAAUGCAUAGCCGGGCUACCCAGGACGACGGCGUGUCCGUUAACAGCUCUCGUUCUCGUCGUGAUAGCUCCGCGGUCAAUACACCCAGUGCCUCUACGGCCUUUUCGCCUUGGACACCGCGUAUUAGCGCUUUAACAGGUACGCGGAAACGUAAGAAAAAGAAGAAGCAGAAAAAAACCAAAGAAAAGCCACUGCAUAUGGUCAAAGCAAGUCGUAUGGCACGCAGAAACGCUCGGCGUUUGCGCGAGCUGUCUGGUGGUGUGACGGAGUAUACCUUGUUUGCUCCUACAGGCGACAAUGAGCCUAACAAUAUCAAGACCCAGUCGUGGAAAGUUGUCAUGGCUCGUUUGAAUACCUAUUUUGAUUACCACAAGCAACAGGACGGACACGCAGGCGAUCUGGGUCUACCUACAUCAGAUCGUGGCCCCAUCUUGUCAGAAUCGUUGAUAUCGCCCCUCAUGAACGACGAAGCAGACUUGGCAUUGCCCCCCCCUGCUCUGGACCCCAGUCAGCCUGUACAACAAAGCGUUGCCUCCCAGUCUCCGUCUGAAACUUGGGAAAUCGAGGAGGAGCAAAUGACUGGCCGACACAUGUCGGAUAUACCCUUAACGCCUUUCAUUCGCUCGAAUGCCACAGGCCAUCCCCCAUCCUCGUCCAUGCUGUUUGGCGGUCUAGUCUCAUCGCAUUCACCGACCCACCAAGACUCUUCCAUGGACGCACAGACUGCAACGCAUAAACGACUCCCUGUAUCGCCCAUUAUGGAAGAAGCAGAUCAGCUAGACGGGUUCAUGCUGCCAGAAGCAGCUUUGGACGUGGAUGAAAAGCACACACACUCUCCCAAAAAGCCGUCGCCCACCACAGAAGCUAUCAUCAAAUCGUCCCUUCGUUCUGAGCCUUGGUGGCUAGACAUUCGGUGCCCUACCUACAAGGAUAUGCAGCAAUUGAGUCUUCAUUUCCCUUUGCAUCCUCUCACCGUCGAAGAUAUUCUCAAGCAAGAGCAGCGCGAGAAAAUUGAGUCCUUUGAGCGCUUGGGGUAUUAUUUUGUCGUGGUCCGCGCUAUGGACGAAAAUUAUUUUCGUUUCACAAAGGUACAGCCCAAACCGUCCAGCGAGAUGAACACACCGAGUUUUUCUCCUGCUUUGCUUGAAGAACAAAAGAUCCCUGUCAAGAACGAGGAAGCCGUGCACGAAGCACACACGUCUGAGCUUGACGAUGGUCGUAUUCAUAUUGAAAUGGUCAAGUCCGACGAAGCUAAAGAAGGUUUGGAAGGUUUAGGGGCAGGUUCGAUGUCGCUGUACAUUGUGGUCUUUACGCAUGGCGUAUUAACCUUCCAUUUUGAGGACUUGAGUCGGCAUACAGAGCGUGUGCGGCAACGACUGAAUAGCUCAGUUGUGCCAGUGGAGCAUAAUGCAGACUGGAUCGUCCAUGGCCUGUAUGAUUCCAUUGUCGAUGCGUUUACACCCUAUGUCCAAUUUCUUCAAACGGAAGUGGAAUAUGUCGAGUACUUAUCCAAUGAUUUGAGUAUGUCUCCUUUCGCUUCGGAAAAUACGCAAGAUGAGAGAAAGAAGGCGAGGAAGAGAGGAAUACCUACUGUGUUUGCGAAGAAGAGGAAUAAAGACACGAACAACAAUGUCUUUCAAGAAAAUAUUCUACGUAAUUUACCUCAGGUCAAUGCGGAGUACGUCGAGUAUCUAGCGCAACGGGCUAAGAAGAUACGCUCAUAUUCGACGCAUGAUGUAAUGCAGCAAAGUCACUUUAUUCUGCGACUCACGCGUGUCCGCGAAGUGGUUAUGGGGUUGAAUCGUCUUCUUACGCCCAAGCUGGAUGUGGUUCGUGCGGUACGAAAGCGCUUGCUGGAGCAGCAUGGCCUCUUUGGCGAAGACCGAAUAAUUUCCAUGUACUUUGAUGACAUCUUUGAUCACGUAUCCUCUAUGUUGGUGCAACUGCAAGAUCGGGAUAGUGGUCUGAGCAAUACCCAUUCGUCCUUCUUGUAUCGUACGACGCUAAAUGAUCAGCGUUUCCACAUUGUAAUGGGCAAACGCCUCUCCAUUAUGACAUGCGUCCUUGCCAUUGUGUUCCUGAGCCAGUUUACGUGCAGCUUGUUCGGCAUGAAUAUCUACAUCCCGGCUAUGAACCAAGAAAAUGAACUCCGACCUAAUCAGCCUUUGCAUCCUUAUUUCCAUGCCUUUGGCGGAUUGAUUGGCGCUUUGAUCGUAUACCCCUUCUUAGUGUACGCGUUCUACAUCUCUCUUCGAAAGCGUGCCAAAGCUAGAUCUAAGAAGAAACUGGAAAGGUGGUAG